AUGGACGAUCUGAAGGAGUGUUUUGCCGAGGUCCGGAACGGCUGGCUGUGCAAGGCGACGUAUUCCCCGAUGGGUUACACGCUAAGUCUACUCCUUUACGGCCGGAAAAUUGCGCGGGAAACAGGCAGCCGGCUGAUGGUGUCCUGGAGCAAGCAGGGCGACCUGAUGUACUUUAUGGGGAAGCCAAUUCCCAUGGACGCCAUCCGGGGCAUGGUAGAUGAGAUAAUCACUGAUGCCAAGGAUAUAUUGUGGAACAAGCUGAUGUUCAAGGAAGGCGAUGACGUCCGUUUCACGAUACCGCUGGCUGCCAUUGAAGACGGCCUGACGCAGACGCAACGGGGGAAGUCUUUUGUCCAUAGCAACGGCUUAGCAGGAAAGGAGGUGGAGAUGCUGGAAAAUCUUGUCUGUGGAAAGCGAAGGGAAGAGUUCCUGGAUAAAGGCGGCCAGUGCGAGGAGCAUCAACCGCGACCGGAGCGCGUUCAUCAUUGA